CGCAGCACUUCCAUCUUCACGGCGAGCUUGUCAGUCUUGUGUAAAUAAACCCUGCCCACGCGCGAGGCGCGUCCACUUUCACAGCGAGAUUUCGGCGUUAUAAAAGUUUCUCAAGUAAGUUUUGUGUUUUGACAACUUUGUCUUAUCCUCAAGAAACGAACGAGCUGUCUGGUAAAGACGUUGCAUUGGUAAUGGCUGCAGAAAGCGAGCACGAUGAUCCAUUCCAACAAAUUCUGCAUCAAAUCGGUGGGAAAAGUAACAUUCAUUUAAUCAGCGCUGUGACUGGACCUGAUAGAGACACCGGGGGAUUACAGGACUUUAUCGCUGAUAUGUUUAAUAACGCGGAGCACGAAGAAACCACUGGCUCAAUCAACGGCGCAAUCAAAAUCCAAACUAAUGUGUCACGCACUGAUCGAUCAGAACAGAGUUCAUCCGAUCACUGCAGCAAGAGCGAGAAACCAGAUCCACCCAAGAACACAGCCGCGAGCUCGAGCCGAAACAUCGGCGGAAAGCAGAGAGCCAUUAAAUGCUCCGUGAUCAUAUUCAUCUUCAAACACGAUUAUGUGUGUAAUAAAGAGAAUCGUGUGUGUUUGAGGGAGAUUCUGAAGGACGUGAGAGCUCGCGUAAAGAGAAACGCGCUCCGUCCGGCGCUGCUGGGACUCGUUCACACUGACCGUGAUCAAUCGGAGAGUCGCGAUUCAGUGGAAUUGCUGGAUCGAUCACUGCGAUCAGUGUUCAUUAAUCACCCCUCACAGGCCAUAUGGACCGGCUGUUACGUCACAAAGUCCCCGGAUUUGUUGCAGGCGAUCAGAUGGAACGCCUGCAGGGCUGUGAAGUCUUCAGUGUCUGCAGGUCAGAGAUCCAACCCUGUGGACUGCUGUUCUGUGACAGGGCAGUCCGUAGGGGGUGCAACUGGCCCGCUUGAGGGUUUGGGCAACAUACUCCAACAUGAUUUCAUGAGAAAGCAACUAUUUUACGACAAGGCGAUUUCGUACGAAUUUGCAUAAUGUGAUUAGUACAGCAAUGUAAGAUUUUUUAGAAAAAAGUAAACAUGAAGGACCACCCCUAACCCCACCCCUGAACCUAACCAUCAGUAGGGCG